GGUCGCGAGCGGUUGUGUUAAACAAAAUAAAAUUCGAAGACAUUUUUAGUUUUUACGAAACUUUUAUUCAAAUGAUUAAAGUGUUGAUUACUUGGUGCCAAUCUGUAUUAUAAUUUGAAGUGAUAUUGUUGUGUUUAAUAUUUAUUACGUGUGAAAAGGAUUGCUUCCAUUUUGUUUUUGGCGUUUGUGGAUAUAACCAGUAACCAUGCCUACACAAGCUCGCUGUGAUCGGGUGCCACCUCCUCAUGCCAAGUGGGACGCUCUGGACCUGAGGGUGCUGCAGGAAGAUGAUUUGCCACUUGAUCCUCGAUCCUGGGGCCGUGCAGAGGUCGGCACGUGGGUGUCCCGACGUGGUGGUCUACCGGAGCGGUUCCCCAUGAAUGGGAAGGCGCUGUGUCUUAUGUCCAAAGACAUGUUCGCCUCGCGGGUGCCUCAUAACGGACAUAUGUUACACCAGGAUUUCAGGAGAAGGCUAGCGAAGGCAUUAGCGCUACAGGAACUAAUAGAGAAGAUCGCGACUCACUGACUGACAAUAUAGCAAAAAAUACUUAAAUGAAAAACUAUUAGAGGCUUCAAUAGUUACUAUUUUACUAAAACAAUGUCGUCAUGAGCUA